UAAGCUUCGCGUAGACCGACAAAAUACAAAGUUGUGAAAGAUGUAAUUGACCUCUGUUUCUUCAUUCAUUGCUUCUCCUCCAAUCCAAUUCAAUUCAAUUCAAACCCCUGACUCUAAUUUUCUGGAGUUAGGGUUUUAUUUCUUUUUCCCCAUAAUCGUUCUUCAAUCAAUCGCCAAUUCAUUCAUUCUCCAGUUUCUGAAUUUCAGAACCAAAAAGACAAAUAAAAAAGUAAUUGAGAAUGGGUCGAAUGGCACGAAGUUGCAUUCAAUCGCUGCUAAAAUUGGUGAAUUCAGGGUUAGGAAUGGUCGGCGUUGCCAUGAUUGUCUACUCUCUCUGGAUGCUUAGGGUAUGGCUCCGCGAUCAAGAUUCUGUCCAACCCCCCAUUCCUUGGUUCGUGUACACCACUCUCGGCCUUGGGGUUACUUUGUGUGUGAUCACAUGCUCGGGCCACGUCGCUGCUGAGACUGUUAAUGGUUGUUGCUUGUACAUCUACAUGGUCUUUGUGUUUAUGAUUUUUGUGCUGGAAGCUGCAGUUACUGCAGAUGUAUUCUUAAACCACAGCUGGCAGGAGGACUUCCCUGCGGAUCCAUCUGGAAAUCUUGAUCAUUUAAAGGACUUUAUCAAAGACAACUUUGACAUAUGCAAAUGGAUUGGCUUGAUGGUGUUGGCUUUACAGGCACUAAGUAUGUUGUUGGCUAUGAUUCUCAAAGCUUUAGGACCACAUCCUGAGAGAUACUAUGAAAGUGAUGAUGAAUAUCUUCCAGAUAGGGUUCCUCUGCUGAAGAAUUAUGUUCCCCCACAAACCUAUGUUACUGAACCGGCCUAUGCCGUGAAAAAUGAUGCUUGGAAUAUAAGAAUCAAUAGUAAAGCAAGCAGGUAAACUAGAUUUGUUUUGGCAAUGAAGUGCGUGUAGACGAAUAGCUGGGAAAGAGGUUAUUUUCACUUCAGACAUCAGCUCUACAAGUACGUGGUUGUCAAUGGAGCUUCAAUUCUUGGUUUCCCAUCAGCAUGUGCAUAUACUACUCUGUAAAUGCUUCAUUUUAAUUUUUACUUGCAUUUAAGUUAGAUAAACUUGUAAUAUUAUGUCUAUGUGGUAAUUCAAAAGGUAUUGAACCAAAGGAAUCUUCAAGUGUUCAAAGCAGUUCUUUACUGGUUUGAUUUGCAACGUACUUCUUAUGCAGGCACAAAAUAAAAAA